AUGGCUCCUAAGGCACACCCGCUACCAUUCAAACCUGUCAGUGCAGGAAAAGCGAACUUCGAAGGGCAGAGAGCUGCCAUUCGACAGAACAUCGAGAUAUUUAAAACCAGGGAGGAUCAUCCCUGCAGGAUUUUUAAAUAUCUCGUGGCGGAACUCUAUGCCCGAAGUGAACGCCAGGGAGAAGACGACAUCACAGAAGAGCAACAUGAUAUUGUGGAAAGACUCAGAAGCAAUUCCAAUGAUUUCAAUUUGCUCUAUGGUGGAGACAGCGAUUUCGAAAAUGAAAGCGAUCAGAUGUUUGAUGUCGAGGACGAAGCGUAUCUGAUAUCGCAAAGAGACGAGAUCAUUAAACAAGUCAUAGAACAGCUUGAUCAACCUAUAGUCAUGCGCGACGAUGUCGAAGCAUCAUCCUCCCCGGAAUCGACUAUCCUUGAAAAGGCGAGAAUUCUGGACCCAACAGAAAGCUUCGCGGCGCAAUAUACGGAGGACGAAAUCAGUAUCAUACGUGGUCUUGCAGAUUUGACCGGUGCACCAUAUCAUCGAGCUGAGCAGUGUUUAUCUGCAGCCCACUGGGAUUUGGAACUCGCUCUAUCAUACCUUGAGGAAGACCGACCCGCUUCGAGUGCUGGAGGCCUCACAAAAGAUCAAAGUGAUCGUUUGAUCACAUUCAUUCAGGAUAGGCCCGUACAGCAUGUAUCGGUGGGAUCGAGUGAUGGCGCGAAAAGACGGGCUCUAGGACCGCAGGAGAGCGUCAACUUGUUCACGGCACUUUUUAUCAAGUUACAGCAGGCCAAAGAUCAAAGGCCCACUGCAAAUAGACGAACCGAGGAGUUUGAAUGUGCUGGCAUUAAAACAAGAGUAGAGGAGGUAAUUGGGGAAACCGACCCAGAUUCGUCACACAUUGAAGCUGCAUACACAGCACCCGCGAAUAAGCCAAAGAUCACAACGAAGCGCAAACCCAAAACGCGAAACGGCAUCUCUCACACCGGCCUACCUAUGAGGCUCGAUGCUACAGGGAAUGUCACCUCCCGCACCGGCGUCCAAGGAACACCAUACCAACAAUACCUCCAAAUGCGACGCCGUCUCCAAAUCCAACACUACGGACACGAAGCUGUUCCUUCCGAAGACCCUCAUCGCGGCGUACCGACCAGAGAACGAUGCCCACCACCCCUCGUACAGGAAGCGUCCAGCGACGAGGAAGACGAUAAUGCCAUUGUUUCCGAACACGAAGACUCGGACGACGAACUCCAGGCCAUCAUAGAGGGACUUAUAGCCGAACAACUACAUGAAGCUACGAAAGAAACCGAAGCCGCAACCGCCAACAAAGUUUCAGUAACCGGCGAUGAGGUGGACUCCGUAAUUGGCGACGAGGCAGACUCAGUGGUCAGCGACCUAGAAGGAGAUACCUGUGUCAACUCUCCCGCCAGCGACGAUGCUGGCGAAGAUCAGCAUCGCACGACUCUCUCACUGAGAGACCCUUCCCAACCCAAGAAACUCUACAUGAAAGUUCGAUUUAACGUCGGUGGUGUCAAAAAUGAACCUCGCACGACCUCCGCACUAAGAGAUCCAUCUCAGCCCAAGAAACUCCAUAUGAAAGUCCGAUUUAAUCUCGGUGGCGGCGUCGAAAUCGCGCCAGGUGAGUCGAGUGACGAGGCUGCUGCGACUGAACAAGUGGAAGAAGAAGAAGAGGAAGAGAGGGGGAGGCGUGGGAUGGGGCUGGAACGGGAGACGGAGGCUGAUGAGGCGGAGAAGAGGAGGAGGUUGUUUGUUUCCGAUGAAGAAGAUGCGUGGGACGGGACGUUUAGUGAUGAGGAGUUGGAUGUGGAUGAGGAGGGAGAGGACGAAGAAGGUGGGGAAGAGGGUGAAAGCGAGGGACAAGGAGCUGAGGAGAAAGAUGGCAAAGGAGAUGUAGGCGAAGAGAGGGAAGAUCAGGGCAGGGUGGAUGAGUUGAUGGACGAUUGA